GUCACUAGUUUGAGUACUUGAAAGUGUAGUGGUCACCGUGAAACAAAUAUAUAUUUCUUAGAUAAUUUCUUGGAUUUAUGUGCAUAAAUGACUAUGUUUAAUUAGCGUAUAUGCUUUGUAUUAAUUAAAUAUUUAAAUUGUGGUUAACUAAAAACGAAGAAGGUAGAAGAAGUAACAGAACAUUAUUUUUAUUUGUUUUAACGGGUCUGCAAAAGGAUAUAUUUCACGGAAGGCGAAUAUACAUUUAUUUUUUAAGGAUCAGCAAAGGAUAGCAAACGCAAGAACGAUGCUCAGACUUUUUAAAUCGGAGCGAAUGCUAGCUUGCCUGUUUUAUAUGCAAAUACUUCAAGGAAGAUAUAUUAUAAAUCAACAAAACUUGAUAAGACACAAUUCUGCGUAAUUCUAUAUAUUGUAACGCUAUCGAUGACUUUACUUAAAUUUAUAUGUAUCAUUUAAAUUUAAUUUAUAAAUCAUGAAGUUACUUGAAAGUUCACGUUUUGAGGCUAUCAACAACGCUCUUUCUAUACAAACAAGUGGCAUCACGAUUUUUGGACGGAUAGAAAGUUACUCAUGCAAAAUGGUUGCGGCCGAGAAAGUAUUGUAUAAACGAUUUACAGCAGAUUCUCAUGGGCAUGACCUUCAGGCGUUAUCACCUCCACAAACUUUGGCUGACUUUUCACCAAACUUUCGUCGAAACAACAGUCAAUCUGGAGAUGAAGGCAUUACUCUUUGCGAUACCAUUUCCAGAAAAACAUUAUUUUAUUUAAUUGCUACUUUAAAUGCGUCUUUUGAACCAGACUACGAUUUUUCUGAAGCAAAGUCCCAUGAAUUUAGCAAAGAGCCGUCAUUGCAGUGGGUUAUGAACUCAAUCCAUGCAAAUUUAUCGGCAUUAGCGGGAGAUAAGUAUCAAGCUAUACGUCAACCAUUAUGGUCUGCAGUUGACGACGAAGUGAUCCUAUCAGAGUGUGACAUAUACAGUUAUAAUCCAGAUCUAAGUUGCGAUCCUUUUGGCGAACCAGGCUGCUUGUGGUCAUUUAAUUAUUUCUUUUAUAAUAAGAAAUUAAAACGAAUUGUUUUUUUUACAAGUCGAGCAGUGAAUUCUCUUUACGCCGGUGAAACCUUACCCUUUUCGAUGGAAGAAGAAGUGUACUGAGAAAGUGUUUACACCAGUUUAAAAAAUUUUCUAAAUUUAUUGGAGAUGCCAAAAUGUUUUAAGAUGUUAUUAUAUUUUAGAGCUUCUCUUUUAUUAUUAAACGUAUCUUUAAAUAAUGUUCUUGUAUGCUUCAUCACAUUGAGUAAUUCGAAACAUGAAAAAAAUACAAAGUGCAUUUCUAUAUUUCAGUAUAGAAGUCGAGUUCACUGACUAUCAGAUACCCGUUACUCAGCUAGUCCAAGUGGGACCAAGAAUUUUCAACAUUUUUCAGGAAAAUCGGUAGAAAUUGGGACAAAAAAAAUUAAGGGGUCAGAGUGAGCGUGGAAUUUUUUUUGGCUUAUCGAUAACAGUUUAAACUAAUACAACCAUCAAAAAAUAUCAGUGUGCGCGUGGCAGUUUUGGGCGGUUGGUGGGCAGAAGAGUGCGAGUGGCAGCAUGCGUCUAUUUCCCUAGAAUCUGUAUGCUUAAUCUUAACCUUGAAGCUUUUAAAGUUUAUGAGAUCUCGUCGUUCAUCCUGAUCCUGAUAUAUAUAUGUCGAAGAGUCAUCAGGACUCUUCACUACCUUCACCUUCUUCCUCUUCACUAUUCUCGUUAUUGUCUGCGCAACGUUCGCAGGUGAAACAAGUCAAAUUAGACCGGUCUUUCCCUGAUGGUUGAUUGCCGGGUUGCUGGACGUGCACUGCCAUUGUUUUUGAUCGACAACCCGCCUUUUUGUGACCAGACUUUCCGCAGUUGUGACACUCGAAGUAGGACUUAGCUCGUUUUCCUGGCGGCUCUGAUGUACCAUCGUUUGAAGGGUGGCUCAGUCUAGCGUCAAAUGGCCUUCAGUUCUUGGUGCAGCUCGUUCCGAAUGUUGAUGUCGGAGGUGAAAACUAAACGCCGCAAACGCCUGUCAAUUCCAGCUGCGUGUGCCAGUGUAAUGGACACUGCGAUUUGCUUUACACUCAGCGUCUUCCAUUUGGCCAUAAGCGAAGUAACCAUUCGGCUUCCAUAUAACGAAAGGCACUCGCCUUCCGCAGGGCGUCCAUUUAGCAGAUUCAUAACUGCUGCCGCUAAUAUUUCUGUUCCCGCAAAAUGUUGCAGAAACAAUUAUCGGAACUGUGUCCAUGAUAUACCGGAAAGCAAGUUUAUAACAGCCAAUGAGACGCGCCUCCUUCCAGUGGUUUGCUGAGGGUCAUCACUGUUCUGUGCAAUUAUCAAAAACUGACUGACUUAAUCUCUUUUCACAAAAUAAGAAUUAUGCGUAGUUCUUAACUCUACAGGCAUUACCAACACAUUUUGGAGACCCAACGGUUCUCUGCCGCGCACCAAAAGAAUAGAAAAGGAGCCUGCAUGGCGCGUGUCCAGCAGAAACACGCAAUCGGUAGAAACGUCGUUAAAUUUAAAUGAUCUGCGACAUAUAAUUUUACUCUACGAGUAACGGGUAUUCUUAUAUAUCUUUAUACUCGAUACGUAGAAUAAAAAAUAUACUAGAUUCGAGGAAAUGUAUGUAUCAGGUAGAAAAAUCGUUUUUGACCCAUAAAGUAAAGUGAGAAUCAAAUGCAGUGUGUUACUUUCAUUCCGCCCUCCCACCAUGGAAGGUUACAGUGGCGAGCAGCACGAGGAAAUCAUAAAAUUGUUUUAUUAAAAUGGGUUUUAAGUUCGAACAACGAUCCGCGCUAUACUAGUCGACGAUGAUAGCCAACUUCUAUUGGCCUGAAAUCGAGAAUAUGGAUCUGCCAAACAUGUGGUUUAAACAGGACGACGCUACGUGCCACGCAGCACAAGCUAGGAUGGAUGUUCUGCACGAGCAAUUUCUGUGAAUGGUCAUUUCGUGGAGGCGACGUGAACUGGCCACCGAGAUCGUGAGAUUCGACCCCGCUGGACUUUUUCAUUUGGGAUUCCGUGGCGAUCAUUUGAAUGAUGUCAUUCCAAACAUAAUGGGGUGAUAGACCUUUCAAAUAAAAAAAAUUUCGUUAAUAUCAUUCCUAGAUGUAUUUUUUUUAAUUUCAACGAACAAGCGCUCCCAAUGAAACACACUAUAUAAAUUCUCCAUCGUGAUUACUAGCCUACAGAAAAAUAGCAUAACAGAAAAAUGUGAUUUGAUUAAUUUUGAUGAAUUAUACAUUUGUUAUGUAAAAAUCAAAACUAUUAUUGAGAAGCCGCCAUUUCGCUCUCUGGAGAGCGGUUAACAUUUAAGUUUCCUAUUUUCAUUUAUUAUUGAACUAUUUAUAAUUGUCGAUUUCUGUGGGGCAUUCUUCUACAAUCCAGAGGAUCAAGGCCCAAACAAAGUGCUACGUCCGCGUAUUUAUUUGCUUCGCAACCAAGGCUCUUCACAGUAACAAUUUUAAGCACUCAAGCGCUUUAUAGGCGGAAGCCUAAACAAAUUUACUGUACCUUAGCACAGAUCACCAGAAGUUAGUGCAUGAUGUUUGUCUAUCUGAAACUAUUGAUUGGCACUUCAUCCCUACACGUUCGCCGCAGUAUAGUGGGCUUUUGGGAAGCGGUGAUAAAAACGCAAAAUUUUUAUCGUCUCACUGUCAGAGAGCCCCGCUGAUCUGGGUGCUUGACGAACCCCAAGGCCUGCUCUGUCGGUGAAAGACAUUGUUCUUGUCGAGGCUUCAGCUGAUACGCGGCAGAGAUGGUGUCUCUCGAGUUGCCGUACUGAAAAUGUCAUCAGGAGAGACAAUAUAUAUGUCUGCUGCCCCUUAAGGACUCUGUUGAAAGUCUGACUUCCAACGGGGGAGCAUUCAACACGCAGUCGGUAGCAUUAAACAAGACAAAUUGUAAUAGUUAAAAUUACCGAAAAUCAAUUAUUGUUUUUCUCUUGCUCAUUUAUUUGCUUAUUUAUCUAAAAAAAAAAAUGGUAUACAAUCUUAUCUUUAUGCUCAGCAUUGUACAGAGCGUUCGGAGAGACAAACCCUCUCAUUUCUGAGCUCAGUCGUACUCCGUCGUACCAAAGACCCUAGAAUAACAAGAUGCGUAACGGCCAU